AUGGAUUCGUUCUUCAAGCAAUUGGACAAAGGCCUUGAUUCGAUUGCCGGCAAGAUUGAGAAAAUGGAGAAGAAAUGGAACGAGGGGGGCGUGGCAGGGGAAGAGGGGGUGGGCGAUGUUUACUCCAUUAACGGCUCACGCUACCGCGUUGUCAAGAAGCUCGCUGAAGGUGGAUUCGCAUUUGUGUUUCUUGCGGAGCAGGUCGAGACCGGCCGACCUGUAGCCCUGAAGCGCAUCCUCGUGCAGGACGAUGAACACAUGGAGAUCAUCAAGCGGGAGAUCAACUUCCUGAAAACGCUGAGCGGGAAGGAGGGCAUCGUGACCUUCCUCGGGGCCGCGUCGUUCAGGAAGCCCAACCGACAGGAGGUGGUGGUCCUCACCGAGUUCUGCCCGCGCGGUAGCGUACUCAACCUUAUGUACCAGAGGGAACGGAAUCGAAUGACGGAGACCGAGAUUCUGUUCAUCUUCGAAACGGUCUGCAAGGCCGUGUACCACAUGCACAGCCUCGAACCGCCCAUCGCCCACCGUGACUUGAAGGUUGAGAAUGUGCUGGUGGGCAAGAAUGGCGCUCUCUACCUGAUUGACUUUGGCAGUGCGACCGUGGUCACCUAUGACACCGACAAGCCGCACAUCAGGAACAUCGCGGAGAACGACAUCAACAGGAACACGACCUUGCUCUACCGCGCCCCCGAGAUGGUGGACCUCUACCGCAAGCAGCUCAUCAACGAGAAAGUCGACGUUUGGGCGCUCGGUUGUAUGUUGUACAAGAUGAUGUACUAUGCCGACCCGUUCGACGGCAAGCUAGGCAUCCUUAACGCGCGCUACCGCGCACCCGACUUCCCUCCCUACACCCCCAAGAUGCACGACCUGCUCAAGUUUCUGUUGACGGCUGACCCCGAGAAGCGGCCAGACAUCUGCGACGUCCUGGAGAAGCUCGGCACCUCCGUGCCCCGCAUCCAGCGCAAGUCCGCGCCAGCCAAGCAGAAGAGCCCCUCGACGCGCGCGACAGAGAAUGGCGGCGGCGGAGACGGCGGCGCUGGCGGCAAGGACCUCUUCGCGAUGCUCGAUUGGCAGAAAAACGAUGACGGCGCCUCGUCGUCGUCACCGGCGGCGGGCCAACGGAGCAGUGCGAAGGAGGCCCGCGCUCGUUCGCCCUCGCCCACCGCCGGGGCCGACAGCCUCAUCUCCGACUUUGCGCAGAAGGCCACCAUCGGCAACGGGAACGGAAACGCGGCCAACGGGAACGGCGACGCCACCGACUUCUUCGCGACGUUCGAUGUGAUCGCGCAGCGCCAGCCCUCGCCGACCUCUUCUUCAUCAUCGUCCUCCUCCUCCGCGGCCGCUUCGACCGACUUCUUCGCCUCGUCGUCGUCGAACAACAACAACGGCGACGACGCGUGGGGCGACUUCUCCACCUUCUCCUCCGCCUCCGCCUCCUCGACCACUCCCGCGCCGGCCGCCGGCGCCGCCGCAUUCGGAGCCCUCGAUUCCCUGAUGAUGGGCUCGCCCGUGGCGUCGCCCACCACUGCGCCCCGGGUGCACCCGGAGAAGAAGGACAUCCUCAGCCUCUACGCCACCCCCGAACCCGCCGCGUCGCCCGUGGCGUCGCCCAUGUACGGCGGCCACGCGGCCUUUGCACCCUCGGCCCCACCGAUGUCCGGCGGCGUCGGCACCACCUACAACUUGGUGCCGAUGGGCAUGCCCAUGGGCAUGGUCUACGUGAUGGCCCAGCCGACGCCGGCCGGCGUCGGUUCGCCGAUGGCGUCGCCCCUCUACGCCCACGCGCCGUCGCCUCUGGGCGCGCCGCAGCAGGGUGCACCCUACGGCAGUGGCGCCGGCGCGUCGCCGCUGAUGGCCCAGCGCGCGCCGCUCGGCAACAGCGGAGGCCUGACCCCCAUGUCGACGCCACCGCUCACGCCCCUCUCCACGCCGCCUCUCACGCCCAUGAGCGGCCGCUCGGGUCCCGGCACCUCCUCCGGGCCUGCCAGCGCGCAGGGCGAUCCCUUCGCCGACCUGUGGAAGACCGUCAACAAGUAA